AUGGAAAAGCAGAACACCAGUCGACUGGUGGUCGUUUUUUCAUGUUUGUUUCCAUGUGGGCUGCACUCAGUGAAUAAAUCAACAUUACAUAACACUGUCUUUUCAUCACUGACGUGUUUUUCACCACAGGCCGAAAAUUCAGCUCUCAUUUUGGCAAAUGAGAGUCAGAGAGAGGCCUACGAGAGAUGCCUGGACGAGGUGGCUAACCACGUGGUCCAAGCUCUGCUCAACCAAAAGGAUCUGAGAGAGGAGUGCAUCAAGCUGAAAAUGUUGGUGUUUGACCUGGAGAGGCAGAACCGAGCGCUCUGUGAGCUUUUUCAACAGAAACUGCCCAACCACCCCGCUGCUAACUAUCAGGUCCACGCAGGAGGACCCCUCCCUGACUACAAUGCACAGCUGCACAUCGACUCUGCCAAACAGGUGGAGUCUGCACAGACUGAAGCACAAGCCAAGGGAAACGGCUACCGCACACAGCACUCCUCCCCGGGGCCUCACGGUCCCACCGCCUCCAUGGAGGCGCUGUCCCCCUUCUUCAAGAAGAAAGCACACAUCCUGGAGGUCCUGCGCAAGAUGGAGGAGACGGACCCUCUCAAGUUCCACCCGUCCACCACCAGCUUGUCCUUCUGUGACUACAGCCAGGUGCUCAUGUCCACGGAGGCCGUUCUGGCCAGCGCUGACCCUCUUCCAUUACAAUGCAAAUCCCACCACUCACACUGCCGCUGCUCCUGCUCUGACACUGACACGCACCAACAUGCAAAUGGCGACGGAGCGGUGAAGUGCGAGGCAGGAAACACCUGCUGUUUACACUGCAAGAGGAGCUUGGAGGGUCCUCUGAAGCCGUGCAGCCACGUCUGUAGUCCCUCAAAGGUCGCCCAGAGCCACGCAGUAUCUGCACCUGCUAUUAGUGAAUGUCACAGCAAGUCUGUCCCCCCGCCUAAACAAUGCACCAAGAAUGAAGCCCACCAGCAACCAGCCGGCCCCGCUGCUCACUCAUCGCUCACUGAAGCGUCUGAUCAGAGCCAGGAGGUGAUGGAGGCGGAGAAGGAGCAGAGCGACGUGACUGAGAGUGGUGUCAGCGCCGCUGACCCUGAAGAGCUCACUGGUUUCUGUGCCACCACCCACCUGCCCAGCUCUGUGACGGAGGCGUCCCACUUUGAUAACGACAUGACAGACGACGUUCACAACAUCACGGGGGUCUCUUCUGUCAACCCCAGUCUGAAUGACCCCUCGUCUGUCCCUGAGAAGGACACCACAGUCCAGGAGGCCUCUUCUGUCAGGGCCAGCGCCUCCAUCAGCCCCAGCUCCUCCUGCCUCGGUGACAAAACAGCUGCCAUCAACUCCCCGUCCAAACUACUCAAAUUCCUAAAGAUUCCCGCCAUCGGGGAGAAAUCUCAGGCUCCUGCGACGUCCGCUGUGCGUCUGAGCCCGCAGCUGACACGCAGCUCUAGGAUCCCCUGUCGCACGAACAACUACGAGGUGUACCACUCCCCCGUGCCCACACGCAGAGCCACCACCACAGAGCGCUGCAGACAGCCCCCUCCUCCACCCUCCAGGUCUGAGUCCUACCCCGCCACACAUUCUGCCCCCACCUCCCCUCCCCAGGCUGAAGACUGCUCACCUCCUACUAAGGACAUCAGCUACAGCAGCCUGUCUGCCCCUAAAGCCAGCGCUGGCUCAAAGAUUUCUGCUUCCUCUUCUACAUCCUCUUCCUCACCCAAAGCCUCUCAUCGGGUUCCUCAUUAUGAAAAUGUCUGCAACGUGUCCACAAACGCAAAACAGGAAGAACACAUCCAGGGCCCUGAGAAGAGAACGACUCUUCCCUGUCAGACGAAGCCUAGUGGAGGGGAGAGGAAACUGGUGAAGUCAUUACCAGAGAGCUCCAUGAAUCCUCCUCUGUCUCCUCCUGAUCGGAAGCAGUCGUCCUCGUCCACGUCGGAGUCCGAAUCAGAUGAAGGGGAUUCGGACAGUCCAGUGUGGGUCAAUCACUCCAGCCUGGCCAACUCGUCUGUCGUCAGUAAUGCUCAGGUCAGAAUCAGGGAAAAACCAGAGACUGACAAAAGAGAGGUCACCGUGCAGAGGUCUGAGGUCUCUCAGGCACCACCUCCGCCUCCAGCCAGAAGGAGUGACUCCUCAUCCAUCCCUAAGAGACCAGCGGCAGGUGCAGUAAGACCCCAGGCCGACUCCAGCCACCAUGCUUUCAAAGACAGGUUGGCUGCACUGGGAAAACUGAGGAGCUCAGAGGAUUUACAGGUCGGUCUGAAACCCGUGGACGCAGCAAAUGAAGGUGCCUUUGGGGAGGAGAGGAGUAAGACAGUGGAGAGGCCCCUGGAACUUCAGAAGGAGGAGCAGAGACACUCAAAAUACACAGACUCCCUGGAUAGUAAACCUAAAAGCGUCGGUGGAGGGUUGAAGCAUCCCAGCUCCUCUCAACUUUACGAACAGGCUUUAAAAUCCCAGUCUUCUGCUGCGGUGGUCAAACAGGAGCUCUGUAUGGUCAGGCCUGAAGGCUCCAAGAGCAAAAUAGGUCUGCCGUCCCCCAACACAGACGCUCCACAGGUACUUCGCAACAACAUCAAGUGUCCUGGCUCCCUAAAUCUUGCCUAUAAUGUCAAACCAAGUUCUCACAACAGCAGCAGCCCCAACAAGAUCCCUCCAAAGUCCCCGUCCAAACCUUGUCAGGGUCCAUCUGUUCACAGAGGAGGGAAGCCCGCGGAGGCUCCGCGUUACUCGUCCAAAUCAGAAGAGAGGAACAAAAUCAGCGGGAAAGGGAAAAAGAAUCCGACAUAUGGAGACAGUCUCCCACCUCCUCCACCAAGACCUCCAACAUCCGAGGUGGACAAAAGCUCAGACAGCGUCCAGCCUCAGCCCGUGCCCAGUCCACAGUCGGCCAUCGAGCAGAAGGUGAUGAAGGGGAUCGAGGAGAACAUGCUAAAGCUCCAGGAGCAGGAUAAAGUGGGGCAGGGCAGUGAGGUCAAGCAGAAGGCCUCCAAUGGCAUCGCCAGCUGGUUCGGCCUGAAGAAGAGUAAGCUGCCGGCGCUGAGCAGGAACGCCACCAAAACAAAGGACGAGAAGAAGGAGUGGAAGAUUAACAUCCCAUCGGUGGGCAGGGACUCCGUGAAAGUGGCCUCCAGGUGUAAAGAAGGUGUGGAGGGUCUGAACAUCUCCACCCUGAUGGAAAAGGCCGAGGGUCUGAGGAGGGCUCUGGAGGCAGGCCGAGGACACUCCUGUGAGGUGGUGAUGGACCAGGCUCAGGGACAGCUGGCCGUCAUGUACAGAGGAGCUCGCUCUGACAACUUCAUGCAGCAGCUGCUGAACAGAGUGGACGGGAAGGAUAUGAUCAGUGUUCCCCAGCGCCGGCUCUCGUUUGACUGCAAGACUUCGAAAUCAGUGUUUUCUCAGCAGAGCGACGUCAUCAGUCACAACAGCAGUCGAGACGAUAUGGAGAAGGGACCAGAGAGAAUCAGGAAGAUCACGUCGGACGAAAACCUGGUGGAUUCAGUUCACUCUCAGCACUUUGCAGGUUCCGGUGCUUCCACCUACACCCUGGACAGUGGCAUUGGCACGUUCCCCCUGCCUGACUGCAGCAGCGGCGCGACAGGAAGGGGGCUCUCCAGAGCAAGGGCCGGCGGGGAGCACCACUCCUCGGGCUCCCCGGGUAGGGCUGGGAGACGGGCCCGGACCCUGGACAGAGAGCUGACGUCACAGGAGGAGUGCUACUCACAACACAAACAGCUGAUUCCCACCAUACAGUACAGCGGCUCCAUGAUGGAGGGAAGAAGCUCCGCCAGCGUCAUUCACGAAGACAAAGAAGUUCAUGGAGCCAACAUGUUUUCUCCUCGCACAAAGACGUGGACUUUCCCCAACCUCAAGACUCCGUCAGGACCUGCAGAGGUCUACCUGGCAGUGGAGGAGGAGGAGGAGGAGACGGUGUCAUUUGGGUCACCGUUCAGAGGGGGCAUGAAGUCCAGCGGACCGUCCUCCAGCCGUAUGGUUGACCCCGGCAGCUUGCCAGUCCCGGCACAAACGGGAAUGAACCGCAGGGGAAAGAACCGCACUCCGAGCGUCCCCGAGAUGAGCCGUGAGGCCGGGCUGGAGCUUCUCAGGGAGCGGCCGGAGGAAGCGCUGUCUCCCAGCCGCCCUCAGGUCCUGGAGACUCCGGAGUCUCUGAGCGACUCUCUGUACGACAGUCUGUCGUCCUGCGGCAGCCAAGGAUGAUCCUCGGAGAGCACUGAGGAGAUCAGACUGACGACAAACCUCAGCAGCCCUCCGAACUCAGAUCUCUGCUGGUCGCCGGACGCACUGACACCGCAGGAGCUGCUGCCACCUCGGAGGAACGGAGACUGAGUCCUGUGGACGUCCACAAAGAUCUCACCAGUCGUUUCUGAUGCAACUGGACAUAAGACUUCUGCUCAGGAUUUCCAAUAAACGUGAAGCCAAAACCCACACCAUGACAAGUUGUUUGACUUUUCCUCCAUCAGACUGCGCUGUGGAGCUUCCUGCGAGACGCAGGACAAUGAGACGCAUGGAUGUGAUGACGAUUAGCACAAACUGCAGCCUGUGUUUGUUUUUCUUUCAUCCUGGCAGAUGGAACUUUGUUGUACAUGCAAGGGGGGGGGGCAAGGGGGAGCUGACCAGUUUGAUACCUGAAGUACUGUAUCAAUACUUCCAUUCUGUUCUCCAUCAUUUCAUCACAUCAUCUAUUUAAGAAAAAAAACAACUCAGAAAAAAAAAAAAAGAAUGUUCAUGUCAGUGAUCCUUACCCUUCACGCAUCACAAUUAAAUAUAAAAACAACGUCGCUGUCAUGUUGAUAUUGUUUUGUCUGUUUUGAGUCAUGCUACAUUUAAAGGUAAUAUAUACCAGCAAUAAUGACAUAGAGAAGAGAAAUGGCUACAUUAUUCAGUGGAUAUGUAUUUCUAAUAUUUAUUUAUUUUAAGUGUACAUCACUUGCUGUCAUUUUUUUUUUGUAAUCUCUGUGAAUAUUUGGCUCCUGGCCUGUAGAUUUCCAUCAUCCCCUGGUAUUUCAACUUCUCUGUUGCUGUUUGUUCUUUAGUCACUAGAGGUCGGAUGAACCUACUGCCGUUUUUUCAACUUUCUAAUUAAAAUCGUUUCAUUUA